AUGUCGACCAUUAUCACUCCAGAGGAAAUUCAAGCUUUGGACCUAUACCUCCUGACAGCCCCGAAAAUCAAAUCCAUCAGCAUUGCUGCUUUGACGCUCUUUACGUGGGACCUUAUCCUGACUUUUCCUCACGAGGUUAGAUUAUGGUAUGUUGGCCAGCAAGAUGACCAAGACUUCUCGCAGAACACCAGAUGGACAUUUGCAAAAGUUCUGUUUUUCGUGAACCGAUACUUUGCGUUUGGAACAGCUAUCCUAAUGACAUUCUUGACGUUCGACGUCACACCAACCGAGGCUAUAUGUAAGCUCAAAAACUCUCAGCCCCUAUCUUGCCCUCAUCGAAGAUCAGGUUCUGUAAAUGCGUUCUUUGCCGUCAUCGACAAAAGAAUCGUCGUCCCUGUGUCGAUGCUGUUCUUCACGAUCUUCAGCUUUAUGAUGAUGAUGGCAGUGGUUGUAUACUUGUAUGAGAAGGACCAUGAAGCCCAGAUCUUUGGCGCAUGCUGUUUACUUGGAUCCGUGGAUUGGCUGUAUCUCUUUUGGGUACCCAUGAUGGGUUUAGACUUUGUUCUUGUCGUGUUGGCAGGCUACAAAUCUCUUCAGCACUAUCUUCGAGUACCAGACAAGACCUGGUCCGGUGCACGUCUUAUGCGUACCUUUGCGCGAGACUCGGUCCUUUAUUUUCUCUGCACACUGCUAGGCAAAUUCGGUCCUUCUGUGUAUUAUCAACUUGGUGCGAUCACGAUUACAGUCGUCCCACCUAUAUCGGCGAACCAUCUCCUCAUCAACAUGUAUAACUCUGCACACGACAAGCAGCCCACUUGGAGGACGGCUUCAGAAGUUAAGACUUCCCUGCAACUUGUGAGAGACACAUCGAGAACACACCACGAGGACAUAGAGCUUGCAUUCCUGAGUACGAAGGGUUCCGAGUGGACGGAUGCGACAUUAUUUGAAUGA